AUGGUUUGCGCAAACGCUAAAGGAACACAUCGAUUGCCACUGCUACUUAUUGGUAAAUCAAAAAAUCCGCGCUGUUUCAAAAAUGUUAAAAUACCCUUAACUUACGCUAACCAACAAAAAGCGUGGAUGAACACAGAUAUUUUUCUUACUUGGUAUGAAAAUACGUUUAUUCCUGAGGUGAAGAAAUUUCAAAAGGACGUGGGAAAAGAGGGCGAUGUAUUGUUGUUAUUAGAUAAUGCGCCAACGCACCCUUCCGCUGAAACACUAAAUCGAGAAAAUGGGAAGUUCAUGGUUAAGUUUUUACCCCCUAAUGUAACAUCGAUAUUGCAACCUAAGGACCAAAGUGUCAUUGAAACUUUAAAACGUUUAUACAGAAAGCAGCUACUGCGUCGUCUUUUAUCAGCAGAUGAUAGUGAAAUAGAAACGUUGUUAAAGUUUUUUAAAGAAAUUAAUUUAAAAGAUUGUUGUUAUAUGCUGAUAGAAGCAUGGAAUUCUGUGGAAUUGCAAACAUUAAAAAGGGCAUGGAAUAAAUUAUUAAAAUUAACUCUAUCUGAUUCUUCAAUUAAACCGCACGACGAUUUUAAAGAAAUAACCGAAGCAAUGAAAAUUCUUAGCAUUGGUGAAGGGUGCGAUGAAGAGAAUAUUAUGGAGUGGCUAAACUGCGAUAGUGAAGACCCUGGAUUCCAAAUAUUAACUGAUGAAGAAAUCAUUGAGGAUUUAAACAGUAACGAGAGAGAAGAUGAAGAAGAGACUGAAACUGGUGAUGUAUGUCAAGUACCAUCUCACGCAGAAGCUUUUGAAGCUCUAAAUGUUGCUUUUAAGUGGUUUGAAAGACAGGACGAAUCGGAUCCCAUACAGCUAUUACAACUGAAGCGCAUCAGGGACUUGGCUGAGAGAAAAAGAUGUGAUUCAUUACGUCAAAAAUCUAUAACAAGUUAUUUCCAACCAAAAUUUUAA